AUGAUCGAGCUUUAUCUGUCCGCUGGAGCUAAUUGGGUGGCCUAUGGGGGCAGUGCAAGCCUGUUUACAGAGCUAUUUAAACUCAUUCUUUGCUCAUCCGGUACCGGCAAAUUCAUACGUUUCCAUAUUCUGGUUUUGCUUGCCCUUCUUGCUCUGGACUAUUUUAAUUCCCUAGCUUGUUACCGGGUAUUGGUGCAGUCCAACCCUGUCGAUAUCAACCAUGUCAUCCCAUGGCAUGGCGAUGUCCUUGGUAUCAAGGCCGAUUUAAAUCAAGUGGACUGGGUCAGGUUUGGUCUCGAGCACGGGGCAGACCCUAACCUCAAUCUCAUCGAAGAGUACAAGACACCACUAGCUGCGGCUGCGGAAUGUGGAAAUGAAGAAAUGGUCAAGCUAAUGCUCGACUACAGAACGCAAGCUCAAGGAAGUGGUGCGAUUGUUCUUGCUGCUGCGGGAGGCCAUACGAGUAUCGUGAAACUCUUACUUUCCAACGGCGCCGAUAUAAAUGAGACGGGGAUCCGAGGACCUCCUGGAGAUGAAUGGAAAGAUGACAUGGCGAGUCCACUACAUAAAGCAGCUGCCAAUGGACACAUCAAGACUAUCCAUUUCUUAAUCGAUGCUGGUGCGAAUGCGGACAUCGAGGAUGGGCAAGGAAGGACCCCUGAAGCUGUGGCGAUGGCGCACGGUUAA